AUGCAAAUUGGUAAUAAUUUCAGUAAUCGAGUGAAACGGCAAUGGGAUGGCAUGGGGUAUUCGCCAUAUCAGUACACAUACAAAUACAAAACACCAUUUUACAAAGUGAAAAUCAAGACUCCUUAUCCGAUUGGUGACGCUGGCGGUCAAUUUGGAGGUGGGGGCUUCGGUGGCCCAUACGGAGGAGGUUUCGGUGGAGGAUUUGGAUAUCCAGGCUUUCAUCAACCAUUCGGUUUUGGAUGGGGCUGA